CUAUCGCGUCUCCCGGCCAGACGAGGGGAAUAGUUGAAAUGAUAUAGUUCCUAUAAAAUUAUUAUUUAAAUAUUUGAAAUCAGUUGGCCAAUUUCCAAACGCGUUUAUUGUUUUUAAAAAUAUUGUGCAGAUUUGGAAUAUUUUACAGUUUUCAUGGAACUGUAAAUUCAAAAAUAAACUCGACGAUUACGUUUUCAUUAAUUUAACAUAACGUCGGUAAUUUUGUUUUAAUAAUAAUAUUGUGUAUGCCUAAUAUGAGGUGUUAUUUAAAUAAUUGUGAAAAUGUUUCAAUGCUCCCUUCGCCUGCAAACAAGAACAAGCAUUGGAAUAAGAACAAGCAGAAGUCCCUAGAAGAAGAUCUUUAUAGGUUGAUGUCAAUCAAAAUUGAUAGCACGCCUAGUACGAACCGAAACGACCAAACACGAUCCUAAAAAGCAAAAAAAACGACUACAACGAUCGAUAAAUUAUGGAAGUGGUAGCGGCGCCAUCUAGCGGCGCUCCAUUUCACGAUCACGACGUGCGCGAAUGGUCGAGAAUCGACAGCAUCACGGGAGCACUCGAACGAGCCCGAUUGGAGACGGACCAUUGGUCGGCCAAUACGGUCAAUUCUUCACAUAAAUACGGCAAGGUAGUGGACUCUAGAACGCGCUCGGACGCAGACGGUGCCCUCCAUCAAAUCGCCAGGCGGCAGUUGGAAGUCUUCCACAGCGAGGUACCGGGCUCGCGAUACCAACUGGUAAAAACUCAAACGGUGUCGUCCAGCAAAUGGAGCUCGGCCGCGAAUUCUGCUUCGAUUCAGCAGGAUUUUCUCGGUGGUAGCAGCAAGGAUUUCGAAAAUUUACACCUCUCCAUCAACCCGCUGGACCUGACAUCCCAAAAAUCCAAAGCCUCCGUAGGCAGGAGCGCAUCCAGACGACCCCCCACCCGCCAACGAGCCAAGGAUCUUCUCAAAGAAGCCACAGACCCGUUCAGCCACGCCCACAUCACCGCAUCGACGAAUCUCCAUCGAGUGUCGCGCUUGUGUCACCAAAUCCACGAAAACGCCGUCAGGCAGGCGUUCGGCAGACGAUCGCCGAGGCCGAUCGUCACCGAACCGGACAGUUCGGAUCGCCCGACCAUUUCCGAUCGCCAAUCGGGCGAUGGUAGCGUAGAAAUUUACGAAAUCGAAAGUGCUUCCAGUGAGAGUAAUAGAAUUAGUGAUAAUAUUAGUACGCAUAGUAAUCUAGUUAGAACUAAAAGCAGUAGCAGUGACGACAUUAGCCUGAUACCGGAAAAAGAUACGACUAAUAACAGUAUAGAGGAUUCGGACAGUUGGAGAAGGACGUCGAAGAUCAGAAGGUCCUUGCAGUUUCCGAAACAGAACAAACCGACGACAGUUAAACCCGUGGAUCUACCUGAUAACACCGGGAGCGUUAGAAAGAUUCGCGAAGAGUUAGAAAAGGGCAGGAGAUUGAAUACGGCGCUCAGGAAUAACAGCGUGGAUUUGGACGCUUUGGAUCAGAUCUUGCAAUCAAUUUCCAAUUCCAGUAGCAGCGAUAAGGCGAGUGAUGAUCUCGAAACCGAGUCUGUCAGGAAGCAGAAAAGGAAUUCUUUCGUUACCGUGGAAUCUAUUAAAGAAGUUAAAGGGAGAUUGAGAAGGACCAAUUCGCCCACCAACGAUAUUUAUAAGGCAAACGACAAAGACGACGACCCCGAUGACGGCAUAGUAACAGAAGAAACGUCGCCCGACAAAAACGACGACAUGCCGCUCAUCGAAAAUUCUCGGGUGCGCUCCUACGUCUACGGAAUGGAGGCCUUGCUGAACAAAAAACCCGGAAUAGGCACCGGCAGUCUGGAAUCGAGAGUAAAACUCGUCCCCACGAAUAAGAACGAAGACUGGUACAACCGCAGGAAAUCGUACGGUUUCGAAAAAGUCCACAACCACAACGACACCACGACUUCGAUCCUAUUGAAAAAUAAAAAUCUCGUAGAAAGUUCGACGGACAGCGGAAUAUGUAGAAGUACGGAAAUCGUGACGCCAUUGAAGAAAAACGGAUACAAAGAAGACGCUUACAGUUCGGACGAACACAACGAAUUUGAACGAAAGUACAACGAAUUCGAUAAGAGCAAAAACAAUCAACAAAUUGGACAGGUCAAACGCCUCGCUAGCAGCUUCAAUCAAGACGAUCCACCAUCCCCUACCACCAAAACGGAAAACUGGCGUAAAACCAUCCCAGAUUGGUCGAAUUCCAGCACAGAACUGAAAUCGACGACCAUAACUAUUCCUAUAUCGAAAAACAACAACAUAAUUGACCUAUCGUGGAACGACGCCGACAAAGAACAGCUCCAAACUGUCAAACGUCAUUCGAUAGCGGUAGACGAAUCGAAAUACGUCACCAGAAGUACCGACAAUAGUUUCAGAAGGAUCAGCUUGGCGUUGAACGAACAGAUCAAGCAGGAGGAAGACAACAUGAGGAAGAUUAAGAAAGUGGAGUUUUGUAAGACUGAGGUACACUUCGCUGCCGAGUCGGGGAAGGUGAACAUCGUGGCUACCGAUGAUAAACCGCCGCCCACGCAGAAUUUCAGAAGGCGGCGGAGAAAUUCGGGACCUACUUUGGAAGAAUUCAAUAAAAAUGGAUUGCCGUUACUUCACUUUGGCGACACAUGCUACGACAAAUCGCUGUUCACCAACUCAGACGACGCGACGUCCGACUCCAUUUACGAGAAUCUCCAAUCGAGGGUGCCGACCUUCGCGUUGGUGACCGUCAAUUCGGGUAACUCCCUCAACACCGACUUAUCCGAAGACGACAAAAAGGAGUUGACCGAUAACGAGAUCAAGGGCAUUUUGAAAAACAAGCCCGCCAAGCCUAUACCGUACCAUUUGGGCGAGACCGUCCCGUUUCAGAACGGUAACGUUUCGGACGACGAAAACAAGUGGGGGGUGAGGCUGAGGCACGUGGAAAAACCGGACGUGCCCAUUUGGAAGUCCACCGUCACCGUGCAGAAUUAUAAUUUUAUGAAUCAGCACGACAAAGAAAACGAACCCGAAUUCCAGAAACUCCUGAAAAACCUGCGACCGACUCGGAAAAGCGACUACGCCAGCGACUCCGAAUCGUCGAAACUGUUCGAGAAAAGCAGAACCUCAUCCUCCUGGUCUGGCCCAGAAGAACCUUAUAAAGGGGCGGAACAUAGGGGGUACUCCACCAAAAUUUGUCUGCGAGAAGGCGAAGCUACCGUACUCGAAAACGAAAGUUUCGAUGAGCAGACUAUUACGCCUAGAAUUGAGAAUCUAAGGAAUGACUCCAAACAACUUCUCAAUAAAAGUCUAGUAGUCAGAAUCGGUAAAGAAGAUUCCGCUCUAAACCACAAAAUCUGUUCCAAAAUGUCUACGACAGAAGACACGAAAAAUUCGACGACCACGACGAAAAUAACGAUAGAUCUGUCACCAUCGCCACCGGCCAAAAUGGAAAAAACCUUCUCCUACACCAAGCAUCAACGAUCUCAGCAAUACCAGCAACCAUCUAGAUUUAAAUCCACCUCGCUCAUACUCAACACUAUCAACAAUAAGACUGACAACAAGAUUGACAACAAAGACAAUAUUCCUAAAGAACUAGAAGCCUUGAAGAAACUGUACGAAGACGUGCUGAGCGACAGCGAUGCCGAUAAGGAGGUGCAAUACCUGCUGUCGAGAGUGACGGAUGAUAGCAAGAUGACGGACGACAGCAGUAGCGUGCUCUCGGGAAGUUGGAGCAAGAUGAAAAGCUACAGGAACAUUAGUAACGUCAAGGAAACUAAAUUAGGUGCUAGAAUAGAAAAAGACUACUCCGAAAGACUUCACAACGAAACAUCGCCGCUUAUUAACCACACUCACGAACCUCCCAAAAAACACAUCUCCAUAAACAUUAUACGCCCCACUCGAUCACCGAGUCCUACAAGAAAAACAUCCCUUAGACGACCGGAUUUAAAACCGUCAGAUCCACUUUCCAAACCGCUCCUAUCGCAAAGUAGCGCCAAGAAAACGCCGCUCGGACGGCAGGAUUUGAAACCGUCAGACCAACUCUCGAGGCCCGAUUUGAAGGCGUCAGAAAAACUUUCUAGUCCAUCGAUAGUAACGAAGACGAAUCGAAUAGAAGUGGCUAGGCAUAGCGAAGAAACGAUUGUAGAUAAUUUCAAAAGUGAUAAUGUGGAGAAGAUUGCUACAAAAUUUAGUUCAGAUGGUAUGGUUUUAAGGCAACCGAAAAAGUCAGAAAUGACUUACUUCGGUGUCAAAGUAUCCCCUAAACCUGUCAAGAAAAUAUCCCAGGCUGUGAUUCGCAAAGAAAACAAACUUUCUCCAGAAAAACCCGAUCUCAUACAAACCCAUAAAAAAUCCCCGUCCCCGAUUAGACGUCUGAAAAGUCCCGUAUCGCCGAGGAGGAUAAAAAGUCCGUUAUCUUCAAGGAGAUUGAAACCAUCUUCUCCAUCUCCAACAAGAGCCAGACAAAAAUCGCCUGAGAAACCUAAAGAAGAGCCUAUUUAUGAAAAUAUUAAAAACAAAUACGGUAGAGAGUUUGACAGUAGUAUUUUAGACGAACUUACCAAAGCAGCUGAUCAAAUUCUGCAAGCUGUUAAUGGAUAUACUGACGAAGAGAUUCAUAAUAGAUUGACCUCUGACGAAGAAGACUCAUCCAAAAUCAAAAAACUAGAAACCAUUCUAGAAACUAAAUCGCUCCACCAAAAACCCACCAAUUCCCACAUCGCACCGAAUAGAACCAAAUCCCGGCUGAAAUCAGCAUACCAAUCCUCUUCGACCGAAAGUUUGAACCACAAAAAAACCACCCCCGAUCCGAAAACGAAACCCUGUUACGAGAAACACCGAAGAAGAGCCGAAAAAGCCGAACAAGUUACUACAAAAGUCGAUCACAAUUCGACGAGUAAUAAUAUGAAUGUGAAAUCUUCCGCGACCAAAGCUAGAAGACUGCAGAGGGCGAGUAGCAGAGAAGCUUUGCUUCGUUCGAAUGGUUCCUCGUCUGAAGAUUUGCCGGCCAAAAUUGAACUUCCGAGGAAACCGAGGUUGAUCAAGAAGACCAAAGCGGUGCAGCUCACCAUGUCUAAUGGUUUGGAAUUAAAGAAACCCACCCAAGCUGGAGUAGCGAAGAAAAAGGAAGACAGUAGUAGUAAAGGCGAAGAAAGGAUUUUAAAUAGUUUGCCUGAGAUUCGACAUAAAACGGCCGUUUCUACAAUAAGGAGUACGUCAGAAAAAACAGCCAGGGAUAGGAUAAAGCAUAAAAACGAGGAUUUGAGGCGGAAACCACAACAGAAGAAAGAAAAUAACAAAGUAGUGCCAAAUACAUCGAUGCGAUCAGACAAGGACAAAAGCACAAGAUCGACCGCCACCAACGCUACAGGUCUACAAAGGGAGACGGUCACACAUCGAAUAUCAACUGCUAAUAUAAAGAAGUGUCAUCGCGCUGAGACCGCUACGAGACAUUGACAGAUGACGUCGAUAACAUUAUGACAGCCCAUCGAUAUCGAAAGGUCCAGAGGUUGUCAAAUAGUUCCUAAAGUCAUUUCCAACGAGAAAGAAUAACGAAAGGGUUUUAUUUUUGUAUUUCAGAUGAGAAAUACUAUUGCCAGAUAACUUUUUUUGUAUAUUAAUGCUUUUUUAAUGCUUUACAACUUAUUUUUAGAC